AUGUCACCUAUAUCUACAGAUGACCUCCGCACAUCUGCCGUACCCUCCAUUGUUAAAACUGCGAAGCCUAAUACCUCCAAGAUCCAAACGAACACCAAGAAGCCUACCGCCCCUCAGAUGGCUGAAUCAAGAAUGCCUUCGUACCCUGGAUUGGGGCGUUGGACUCUCCUCGAGACCAUGGGCAAGGGUGGAUUUAGUAGUGUCUACCGUGCCGAAGACACAACCUCAGAAUAUGGAGAGGUUGCCAUCAAGGUAUUGAGAAAAUAUGAAAUGAAUAAACAACAGAUAGAAAAUAUGAACAAGGAAAUUCACAUCCUCGAAGAAGCCGAACACCCAAAUAUCGUGCAAUUUGUCGACUCUUUCGAGACACGCCAAUAUUGUUAUAUCAUCAUGGAGCUCUGCACUGGUGGCGAGCUCUUCAACCAGGUCAUUAAAUUAACAUACUUUAGUGAAGAUCUUAGCAGACAUGUUAUUCUUCAAGUUGCCAAAGCUGUGGAAUAUCUCCAUGGUACUCUAGGUGUUGUUCACCGUGAUAUAAAACCAGAGAACAUCUUCUUCUAUUCCAUACCAUGGAAACAAAGCAAGAAAAUCAAUACCGAUUUUGACGAAGAGAAAGCAGAUGAAGGCGAGUUCAUCCCUGGCGUUGGGUGCGGCGGUAUUGGAAAGAUCAAACUGGGAGACUUUGGUUUGUCCAAAUUGCUUCAUAGUUAUGGAAACCAAACCAUGACACCAUGUGGGACUAUGGGAUAUGCCGCACCUGAGCUCAUUUCAGAUCAAGGAUAUUCAAUGGGUGUUGAUAUUUGGGCUCUUGGGUGUGUCCUAUUCACACUCCUGGUUGGAUUCCCUCCGUUCUACGACCCAAACAUCAAUAUCUUGAAAAGACGAGUUACCCAUGGAGAAUAUACCUUCCAGUCUCCAUGGUGGGAUCCCAUUUCAAAAGAGGCAAAAGACCUCGUUGCCAAUCUCCUCACUGUCGAUCCCGGGAAACGCUUCACUAUUCAGGACUUUAUGGACCAUCCCUGGAUCAAACAGGCGUCCGGUGAAACUAAGUCUGCAUACGCAACUCCAAGCCCGGACCACCAGACCGCCUCUCCUACGAAAGAAUCGAAGCCAGAUCAUCUUGCACCUCCCAAUCUGACUGCUGGACAUCAAAUCGGUUCUCGUACUCCCGAUACCAUGAACGUUCGCGAAAUCUUCGACGUUGCAUUUGGAGUACAUCAACAAGAAGAAGAAAGGAAAAGACGAGAGAGGAUCGCUGCUGGAGGUCGAGGAACACCUGCAGAGCUUCCCAUUGGAUCCUUCAAUAGAAUCAAUCAUGGUCUAUCGACACCAGCACAACUGCGACAGCCAAACCAGACGAAUAUUACAUCUCCUUGGACUCGAAAAGAGAAGUCCCAAGACCCGCAGUCAUUGUUUAAGCUUAGCUUGCAAAAAAGUUGUCUGCUUGAGAAACGGAGACAGAAGUCAUAG